AUGUCUACAUACACGCGACCCGCCUUUGUCGACGGAGCUGUCGUCAAGGACCUCUUGGAGGAUAAGUCCAAGGUCCCCGGAAAAGACUACCUCAUCAUCGAUGUCCGUGAUUCCGACUACAUCGGAGGCCACAUCCGCGGAAGCGUCAACAUCCCCGCCCACGACAUCCCCGAAAAACUGCCCACCCUGAUCGAGGAAUACAAAGACGUCCCCCAACUGAUCUUUCACUGCGCCCUCUCCCAAGUCCGAGGUCCCAAAGCUGCCAACCGCUGGGCCGAGGCCCUUGCCGCCCGUGACGACGCUGCUGCUGCUGCUGACGUCGCUGCUACAGAACGCGCGGCAGUCGAGGCGGCCAAUAAAGGUCAUUUGGCACAGCAAGUCAACAUCCUUAGAGGAGGAUUCGGGGAGUGGCAGAGGCAGUACAAGAAUGACAAGAAUUUGGUUGAGGACUAUGUGGCCGAUUACUGGAUCGAUGACCAGUACUGA